GUGCUCUGUGGACAGAUUUUCACAUGAGUAACUAAUAUUUGAGAGGCGAGGGCAAAAAUACACACUCUGAGAAAGCUCAAAGACAUAAUCUAUUUACAGUAAACCAUUGCUAUAGAAUACUGCUUUUGAUUCUCAACAAUGAGGAGGGUAUUUCUUAUAUUUUCCGGGUUCCUGGUAAUAUUGGGUGUGGUUUCAGCUCAAACAGAGACAACGCACAGAACACUGCCUAACUGGUUGACUGGGAUUGUUGCUGUUGUGGUUUUCCUCUUUCUGGUCUUUGUUGCUUUUCUUGUUAACAAAGCCUGGUGCAGUGGGAGCAGGCUGGAAAGUAAGGUGGAUGCUGGAACCUCAAAUGAGUAUGGAAUGACUAAUGGAUCCACUUGGAGUGCUGACAAUGCAUGUAUGAACAAUGCAAGUGAUGGCACCGAAGACAAAGUUACAGUCAUGUGACAUGAUCCACUCAUCUCUGGGGACCUCCAUCUGUGUCAUUUCUUUAAUCUCACUGAAAUAAAUAUAAUAAAUAUAAGCAUAAUAACUACAGGCUAACCACUACUUUAUGUUUUAAAACAAUUAUUUAAAAAAUAAAUGCUGUGAUGUAUUGGUGAAUAUCACUUAGAAUUGACCUUGUAGCACCUUGUCUCCUAGCCUGGAUGCCAGACCGAAGUUUAGCCCCGAGUAUGACGUCGUCAGGCUACUUGUCUCCACCAAUAUUUAAGUGAACUCUUUUGUGGUAUUUGGACUGAUUCCGACAGCCACACUGCAAAAAAGAAAAUCUGACCAAAUGUUAUUAAUGUCAUACCAAGACCUAAAAAAAAAAUUCCAAAAAAAAAAAUCCAUUUGGUGUUUUAGUAUGAAGAGACUUACUGUCUCGAAAGAUAAUUUUGACUUAAUUCAAGAAGACUUUUGACUGAUUUUAAGGAGUCUGAGUAGAAUUUUGAUUAUGUCAACGUUAGCCUAGAAUGGCCUCGUAGGCCUACCUAACUUUGUAUAAAUAUUUAUAUAUAUAUUCUGAAAAUAGAUGUUAUGAGUCGAUUUUAACCCCA